GCCAACCGCCCAUUUCUCUCUCUCGUUAUUCCUUUCCCAAGAACAUGAACCGCUACCCUCCUCCGCCUCUCCUCCGCCUCCCUGCCGCCUCCUUCUUACUCCUCUUCCUUCUCCACUCCGUCCGAACUCAGAUUGUUACUGGCGCUGAUGGAAUCUACUCCGCCGCCUUCCCCUACUUCGACAUCAACGACGACCGUACCGAUCUCCAGCUAUUCGAUGCCGACAUCAACGGAAGGGUCAUCCAGCUCACCCCUAAUUCCAUAAACGUUCCCCAAAAUUUCAUGAUAAACAAAUCCGGUCGAGCCUUCCUCAACAGGCCCUUCACACUUUGGCAGCUGAACUCCUCUUCCACCUCCGACGCCACAGCCAAGCGCAUCGCCUCCUUCAACACCACAUUCAAAAUACAAGUCUUGCACGGGAACAACACCGCUCCUGGCGAGGGCUUGUCCUUCCUUCUCUCCUCCCACCUCGAAUCGGCGCCGCCGGGGAGCUACGGUGGCUUCCUCGGCCUCACCAAUGACACCCUCAACGGGAACCCUGACAACCACUUCGUCGCCAUCGAGUUCGACACCGUCAGGCAGGCCUAUUUGGGUGACCCCGACGACAACCACGUUGGCCUCGACAUCAACGGUGUUAUCUCCAGGAACACGUCCUCUCUGAAUUUUUCGAUCGCGUCCACUACCGCUGUCAACCACACCGUCUGGAUCGAUUACGAUGGUGCGGCGCGCUAUUUGAGGGUUUACAUGGUGGUCGGCGACGAUCCGAAGCCGAACUCCACGGUCCUGGAAACGGCGAUCGAUCUGAGCGUUUAUUUGGAGCAGACGUUCUACUUCGGGUUUGCCGCCUCCACGGGGAUAACCUACCAGGUCAAUCGCUUGCUGGCAUGGAAUCUGACCGUGGUGACCUUCCCUGAGGGCAAAAAACGCAUGUCGGCGUGGAAGAUUGGCGCGAUCGCCGGUGGGGUGUUUGUGGCCGUGGUGUUGGCGCUCGGGGCCGGUCUGUGGGCGCGGCUGCUGGCCAGGAGGAAGAUGGAGAGGGAUGCAUCCGCCAAUAGCAGCAGCGCGCUGGUACUAGAGACGCUGAAGAGCCUACCGGGGACGCCGAGGGAGUUCGAGUUCAAGGACCUCUACAAGGCGACCAACAGUUUCGACGAGAAGUUGAAGCUGGGAAAAGGGGGCUUCGGCGAGGUGUACCGGGGAGUGCUGCCUGGGGAGAACAAACAGGUGGCCGUGAAGCGAUUCUCCCGAGGCGCCACCAGCGCUCCCCACGAUUUCCUCAAGGAACUCAUCAUCAUCAACCGCCUUCGCCACAGGCAUCUCGUCCCCCUCGUCGGAUGGUGCCACACAAACAAUGUGCUGUUACUGGUGUACGAGUACAUGCCGAACGGCAGCCUGGACCACCACCUGUUCGAGGGCCCCAGCGGCAAGCCGACGACGACUCUGAGCUGGGAGCGUCGAUACAACGUGAUCGCCGGCGUCGCCUCCGCCCUCCACUACCUGCACAACGAGUACGAGCAGACGGUGGUGCACCGCGACCUCAAGGCCUCCAACAUCAUGCUCGACGCUAACUUCAACGCUCGCCUCGGGGACUUCGGCCUGGCCCGCGCGCUCGAAACCGACAAGACCUCCUACGCCGAGCAGGAGAUGCCCGGCGUCCCCGGCACCAUGGGCUACAUCGCGCCGGAGUGCUUCCACACCGGCAAGGCCACCCGGGAGUCGGACGUUUUCGGCUUCGGCGCCGUGGUGCUGGAGGUCGUCUGCGGCCGCCGCCCCCGGAGCGACAUCGACGGAUUCCAUUUCCUAUGCGACUGGGUGUGGAAGCUCUACCGGGAAGGACGCAUCCUGGAGGCCGUCGACCCUCGCCUGGAGGAGGACUACGACCCCGAGGACGCUCGCCGGCUGCUCCUCCUCGCCCUGGCCUGCAGCCACCCCAUUCCAUCGGAGCGGCCGAAGAUGGAGCUAUCCGUGCAGAUAAUUUCCCGCGCAAUGGCUCCGCCGGUGGUCCCGCACUUCAAGCCGGCCUUCAUGUGGCCAGCCGCCCCUGCCGUGGUGGAAAGUUCGAGCCGGUCGACCACCGUGUCGGUCGGGACGUCGUCGCGCGAAGCAUCAUCCAUGGAGUCGACCCUACGGCCCUUCGACCGAGUGUGACACGUGGUACCCAAAUGACGCCCUCCCGUCCAGCGGAAUCGGCCGUCUCUUCGGAGUGUAAAUACCGAGAGGGGCGGAAGGAGGAAACGUGAACACAGCACGACAAGUUGGUGGAACCAUAGCCACGUGGUCAUCUGGCCGAUGGUUGGAGCUUCAUGCCACCUUCUCUUAUUUGUUCGUUAUUUGUUUUAUUAUUUAUUUUUCGUACAAAGGGAUUCAUCAUUAUUCCCUUUUGUUCUUAUUUUUUAAUUUUUAAUACUAUUUUGUAUAAAAAAUUAUUUUAUAUU